AUGUUACAUGUUGGUGAGGAUGUAAAGCAACUGUAUUUCUCACACACUGCUAAUAAGAAUGUAAAAUCCCUGUCUGCCCUUAGACCUGCUGCCCAGCACUCCUGCAGUUCAUGCCCUCGGACCAAGCCUGCAGGCAUGCCCAUGUCCACCUACCUGAAAAUGCUCGCAGCCAGCCUCCUGGCCAUGUGCGCAGGGACAGAAGUGGUGCACAGGUACUAUCAACUGGACCUGCCCAUACCUGAAAUUUCACCAAAGCCUGGAGAGCUCAAAACGGAGCUUUUGGAACUGAAAGAAAGAAAACACAAAACUCAAGUUUCUCACCAGAAGGAACUUAAAUAACUAUGCCAAGAAUUCUGCAAAUAAUAUUAUAAGUCUUAAAUAUGUAUUUCUUAACUUAAUGCAUCAAACUACUUGUCCUUAAGCACUUAGUCUAAUGCUAACUGCAAGUGGAGAUGUUCAGUGGAUGUUUAGCUGAUACCUUGAAAUUUAAUCACGGUUUAACUGAUAUUUCUUGAAAACUGGCAAAACACAUAUCAGCUUCAUGAAUAUGGUUUGGAAGAUGUUUAGUCUUGAAUAUAAUGUGAAAUAGAAUACUUUUAAGUCAACGAUAUGGGUUGUCUUUAUUUCAUAUAAAUUUUUAAAAAAUCAUUUAAAACUA